AUGUUUAAUAAAUCUCCCGUUCAGAGAGAAAACGAGGACGAAGCGGCGAUGAAAAUCCAGAAAUGCUGGAGAAAAUCGCAUCAAAAACGCGAGGAUUUAGCAUUAAGAGCUCGAGAAAUUGCUGAAUGGGAUGGACUUGUCGAAAUUUCGCAGCACAACGACGAAUUGAUGGAGAAAUUGAAGGAACUUCGCAUUUCAAAAAAUUACGACAUUCAAAAGUUCGACACACUUCUCCGAAUGCCACCUCGUGACGUGAAUGGAUGGCUCGAGAACGAAUUCAAACGAAACCGUCGGCAGAGAAUCACCGAAUCCGACAGAAUUCAACUGCAAAUUGUUGACCGGCAGAAGGAUCAGGCGGCCAGAACAUUACAGCGAUAUGUAUGA